GGUCGGAGGUGCGCAUGCACCGCGCAUGCCCCGGACGGGCCGGCAUCUGCCCCCGGUGGGUCGGGUCGGUGGGCGGCGGCGGCUGGAGGCCGUGACUGUCAUGCUGGAGGAAGGCGUUCCCUGGCCGGUCCUGGAGACAGAAGUGCUGUAUUUCUAGAGCAGGUUGCCUUGGUCCUGUGGCCGUCCGUCCUGCUGCAAUGAGUGGGAAAUCCUUGCUCUUAAAGGUCAUCCUGCUCGGAGAUGGUGGAGUUGGGAAGAGUUCCCUCAUGAACCGGUACGUCACCAACAAGUUUGACUCGCAGGCUUUCCACACAAUUGGUGUAGAGUUCUUAAACCGGGACCUGGAGGUAGAUGGACGUUUUGUGACCCUCCAGAUCUGGGACACUGCAGGACAGGAGAGAUUCAAGAGCCUGCGGACCCCCUUUUACAGGGGAGCCGACUGCUGCCUGCUGACCUUCAGCGUGGAUGACCGGCAAAGCUUUGAGAACCUCAGCAACUGGCAGAAGGAGUUUGUCUAUUACGCUGAUGUGAAGGACCCCGAGCGCUUCCCCUUCGUAGUUCUGGGCAACAAGAUUGACAAACUGGAAAGGCAAGUGAGCACAGAGGAAGCCCAGGCUUGGUGCAUGGAAAACGGCAACUAUCCGUACCUGGAGACCAGUGCCAAGGAUGACACCAACGUGGCCGUGGCCUUUGAGGAAGCUGUGCGACAGGUGCUGGCAGUGGAGGAGCAGUUGGAGCACUGCAUGCUUGGCCACACCAUCGACCUGCACUCCAGCUCCAAGUCAGGGUCCUCCUGUUGUUAAGGGCGGCUGCUGCUUUGGGAAUGUCGCUGGAACCGAUGGUUGGAUUGCAAGGGGAGCAGGGCACUCUGAGGAGGGUGGCCACAAGGACAGUGGGUGCUUUAUUCACUGGGGAGUUUGCAGCUUUACCAUCUGAAUUCUGACUGUAGGUUUCAGAUGUGGAAGAUGAAUCUACAGGAGAGUGCUGUCGAAGAGCACGUGAAUGCAGGCCUGCUCCUCUCCCUGCCUGUUAUAGCGGGUUUAAAGGUCUGGCUUGAACUAAAGAGUGAAUUUGGAUCUGUAGCAGGAACUGCGUACAGAACAAAGUUGGGGGCACUCCAGAUGCUCUGAAGCAUUUUAGUCCUGUACUCAAAAACUACUAGACCCACUAAACUCAUGGCCUUACUGCCAAAGCAAAGUCUGCUCAGCACUGCGAGUGAAACCUGUUGGGAAGGCUGUAGCCCAUGUCACUGUGGGAGUGCUACAUCCUGGAGUGGCUGGGAUGUGUGUAUCUGCUGCUUGGGAUCGAUGUAUUCUGUGCUGAGUAAUGCUGGAACUCUGAUACGAAGUAACAUAACGAAGGAGAGAAGAAACUGAAUGCUGCAGCAUCAUUUCUUCCAAGCUGUCUGUUUCUGGUCUGUUUUUCCCCGCCUUUUAACUUUGCCUUGUUUGGGUGUUGUUUAAAGGAGAGACUGGCUGCUGCUUGUUUCCUCAGCCCUUCUGGAGGCUCAACACCAGAUCUUGCUUCUCACACCUUGAGUGGACCUGGAUAGAAGGUUGCAGCGUGGUCACUCAGCAGGUCAUGGUGAAGGGUUUGAGUUAGCUGGGAGUACAGGAGAUCUGCAACGUGAACCUUCGGCUGGUUCCUGUCAGAAGUGAUCUCUGUGUCCGGGUGAUUGUGUGUGUCCCUGGUUCUAUGAAUGCUGCAACAUAAAACCACUCACCUGCUGUGUCAGGGACUGUGCUGCUCUGCACGGUUUACUCACACCGUUGCCCUGGCCCUUACUCCCUACCAGGGAAUCCAGUAUGAUUUAUCUGUCACUCAGCUGGCAUACUACUGCUAGAGAAUGUCCACCCCGUUAAUUGAGCCCUGUCAGCGAGCAGCUGUGCUCAUUGCACUGGGGAGAGGUUUGGGCUGAUUCCUCAAGGGGCUGAAGAAUGGUGCUGAGAGGGCAGGGAGCCCUCAAGGAAAGGAUACCAAGCUUUGCUGAUCCCAGCUCCUGCUCCCUUCUAGGUGUUAGUCCCGAGCUAUUUGUGUGUAGCAAAGAGGUCAGUGCUUGCUGGCUUGCCAUUGUAACCUCAUGUUCUGCGACUUCCUGUGCAAGUGUUUGUCCAAUGUGAUGACUUUGCACGUAGGAGCCUGGCACAGGGAGAGCUUCCUGUGCUCUGCUGGCUGCCGAGUGCAGCGCCCACUGUGAUGAGCUACUGGAUAGCUGAUCGUGUAGCUCAAAUAGAGCAGCCUGGUGUGCUCAGUGCUUUAGAGCAGGGCAGUCUCUGCUCUCACACUGGCUGGUGGCAGCUAAACCCCAUCCCCUGGCAGUCUGUGAGAUUGCAGGAUGUCUCCUCUGGGAACUCAGGGUGAUCCUGCUCUUCUCUGUGGGGCAGCCACACGUGGGAGGGGCUGAGGCUUUAAUACAGAGCCCAGUGGGGGGGGUGGAUCUGAUUUAGAAACGGGGCUGAAUACUCACAUUCACAUUCACACAAACAGAUAGGAAAUGCUUGCAGCUCCUGGAAAAUCAGGCCCCUUGCUCUGCCUCCAUAUCUGCGACGCACAUUUAGGAGUUAGUACUAUUGAUUUAACAGAAUCUGACCUCUGCAGGCCUCUGAUUUUCCUUCAGCUGAAUGUAAGCAUUAGGCUUAUGUGUUUUUACAGCUCCAUUCAGAGGCGUCGUAUUUUAUAUUGAAGCUGUUUAAUUUAUUCUGAGAGGUACGCACAGUUCCUGAAGGAGCCCAGAUCUUGAGCUCUCUGCUGCAAAGCUGGGCACCGACAGCCCUCCUUUCCCUGCAUCCACUCCUGCUGCUGCAGUUGUCGCUAUUGCUACAGACCUGGAAUUGUAACACUGAGAUUCUACCUUUCUUUAAGCAAAUAAAGCGUGGAUGUGUUUGAGUGGG